AUGCACAAUUAUCAUAUAAUUUUAGAAGAUCUAACUGAGAAAGAUCCUGCACCGGUUUUCUUCGACCAAGAAGUCCAGACAUAUUUGAAAAAACUGACAACAUUGGAUUAUAAAAAAGUUUUCCGGAUACGUAAAGAUGGACAUGAGCUUGAACCACCACAAUAUCGAUUCUUGACGGAUGAGGAACUCGAGAAAGCUAAGAAAGUAGCAGAAAAGAGAGCAGAGAUUUACUUACAAAUGCCACCAGUAGUAAAACAAAGAUCAGACUCAUCUUUAUUGUUAUGUGAGGAUCCCGGGCUACAAAAUUAUAAUGCUGCCAAAAUUGUAUUCACUGAUAUUACAUACGGUAUCAACAAUAGAAAGAGAUUUGUAGUUAUCAGAGAACCAAAUGGCAAGCUGAGACAUGCCACUUGGCAAGAACGGAAUAGAAUUAUACCGAUCUAUUUUCCAAAUCCAGGAAGGGAGUUACAAAUGCCAAAGAUGUUUGAGAGCGAAAAUUUACAAAGCAUAUUAGACCGCAAGGAAUACGAGUUCAUACUUGAUCGUGCGUGUGUGCAAUUCGAGCCGGAUGACCCGAAAUAUCAAGAGAUAACGCGGGAAGUCUACGAACGUGUAAACCUAGAGAGACAUUUCGAUGUCCUGAGAUCUACGCGUCACUUCGGCCCGAUGGUGUUUCACCUGGUGUGGACGAGUAACAUCGACAAUUUAUUACACGAGAUGAUCGAGAGUAGUCGAAUUAAAGACGCCGUGUUAUUGAUACGUCUGUAUCACAAGAUCCAUCCUACGAGCAGUUCGGCGAUCGAACAGUGCAGUAACUCGGAUGACGUAGAAUUCAUACUGCAUUAUGUCCGUCUGGAUUCACCUAAGACAGGCACGCUGGAGAAGCUCCUGCAUUCGUACAAAGAAUUACAACAGGAGCUGAAAAUCCUGGAGGAGGGCAUUAAGAGGGCGCAUGGUGUUCCUCCGGAAACCAUCGAAGUGUAA